UCCUCACUCCUCCAUCUUCCCACGAGCUGGAAGAGAAAACACCUGAGGGUCGUUUGCCAUUGGGGCGCUUUCCCUUCCCUUGUCGAUAUCGCGCAGCCUGUACCAUUAUUGGAUUGGCCGCGGCGGUAUCCCCGAUAUUAUCGGAUCCGGGGAGGGGCGUUCUCUCCGCUCGGGGAAUGGCGGAGCAGCAGGCUGCUGUGCUGAGGAUCCAGUGUGGGAGAGAGAUGGGGAUUUAGCACAAUAAGAUAGAUCCCAGUCCUCUCUGUUCUCCACUCUCUCUCUCUGUUGUCGUUCUAAAUCUCUGCCGCCCCUGGCCAUGGAUCCAGAAAAAACGUUGACGUUCUGCCUUGGACUCAAAGCAGAGGCGAUGACCAUCUCCCUGCAGGGGCCGGGAGGACCAGCAGCUACGACGACUGUGUCUCCAAAGGGUUCAGACAUGGGAACCAUCAACAAGAAUAAGGCUGCAGCGUAUCAAAAGGGGGUGAAGGACCAAGCUGGCUCAGGCAGCCAGCCCAUACUCAGUCAUAAGUACUGCCCUGGUGUCAACAACAACCCAGGCUACCUGUGUGAGACCGGCCACUGCUGUGGGGAGACAGGAUGCUGCACCUACUACUACGAGCUGUGGUGGUUCUGGCUGCUGUGGACCAUUGUGAUUCUGUUCAGCUGUUGCUGUGCCUACCGCCACCGGCGGGCCAAGCUGCGUGUCCAGCAGCAGCAGAGACAGAGGGAGAUCAACCUGAUCGCCUACCACGGAGCCUGCAACUACCCUGCGUCCAUGUUGGACCUCAGUUUCCUGGCCUCCUUCAAGCUGCCGUCCUAUGAGGAGGUGGCAGCCCAGCCCCCCUCACCCCCUCCAUCCUACAGCUCCGUCUUUGCUCUGCAGGGGGCGAUGGGGGGCGCCACCGCUUACACAGCCACCCCUUACGGUUCAGCCUACCCCCAUCACCACCAGCAACAACCCCUCGGCCCUCCCCCCUACUUGGUUAGCUCCAGGGCGGGCCCCAGCGGUGCCGGUGGUGGCCUGACCUCAUCUCAGAGUUCAGACAACUACACCAGCUGCUCCUGCGAGUCCUGCUCCCUCCUCACCUCCCCAUCCAGCACCUCCUUCUCUGUCCAGGUGACCUACGAGACGGAUAAUACCAGCCAUGCCUCCACGCCCGGUAGCGAGGUUGGAGGAGGAGGGAGGGAGGUCCUGAGAGGCUUCCCCAGGGAGGGUUCAUCUCUGGAGGGAGUUGUGUCUGCCAGGUCCCCUUUGUCUCCUGGAGGAUAUCCAGCUCCUCCUCUGCCCCCUCCUCCACCUGAACGUCUACCUACACCUUCUCCCACAACGUCUUCUCCUCUCCCUCCCACUCUCCCCCUCCCAAACUAUCUUCUCCCUCUCCACUUCCUCCUUCACAUCAUCCGCCACUCCCUCCACUCAUCCUUAUGGACCCCCUGACUGUGCUGGCUGAGCAGAGAGGGGUGGAGGGCGGCCUGAGUGAAGUGGGGGUCACAGAGAGACAGAGCCCUUCCAUCCUCUCUCCCCCCAAGCCCACCCAGUCUCCCCCCAAACACGCCCUCUUCUCCACCAACGUGGACUUCUUCGAGCCCGUGGAGAAAGACAAGAGAGAAGAAGAGGAUGAGGAAGAGGAGGAUGAGGAUCAUUUCCGUCACCGCCGGCUCACAGGCGACUCCGGCAUCGAAGUGUGUCGCUGCCAAGUGAAGAACGAGGAGGAGGAUGUGGAGAAGAAGGUGGAAGAAGAUCAAGUUGGAGGAGGGGAUGGAGAAGAGGAGGCGGAUUUCCUCCAUGACAGUGUGGACUGUUCCCUCCGAGCGCAGCAGGUCGCCCAGUGUGGCCACGCCUCCUCGGCCAUCCCCAGGGGCGGGGACGCCAUCAUCACCGUGGAGUCGUCAUGAGGACAGCCAAUGAGGGCCAAAUAAUUUGGUCAGGUGACCAAAAACUCACUUGACUGACAACAAAUGGAGCCAAUUGAGCUUAAAAGUGUUUACUUUGACCCAGUAGCACCCCCUACUGUUCAAACCAGGAAGGAAGCCAAGGCCCACAUCAACUAGUAUGGGCCUGCUUGUGUUAACGGCUUACUGUAGUAAUGUGAAGUCACCAUAGUAACACAGAGGAAGAGGAUCAUCACAGCCUUCUAAUUGAAAGGAGGAAGGAAGUCGUUACAGAGGGAGUUGGACAGUUUAUCUGUGUUGAUCUUUCUGACGGUCAUUAUCAUUCUGUCCCGCUGCGCUGCCACCGGGAACAAAGACACCUUUUAUUAUUUCUCAAAGUGCAGAAACCAAUGCUGCAGUGAAACUGCUAAUUAUACUCUCUCUCGCUCUCUCUUUCUGUCUCUCUGUCUUUCUGUCUCUCUCUCGCUCUCUUUCUGUCUCUGUCUUUCUCUCUCUCUCCCUCACUGUCUCUCUGUCUCUCUCUCUCGCGCUCUCUUUCUGUCUCUCUGUCACUCUCUCCCUCUCUGUCUCUCUGUCCCUCUCUCCCUCUCUGUCUCUCUCGCUCUCUCUUUCUGUCUCUGUCUUUCUCUCUCUCUCCCUCACUGUCUCCCUGUCUCUCUCUCCCUCUGUCUCUCUCGCUCUCUCUUUCUGUCUCUCUCUCCCUCUCUCUCUCCCUCUCUGUCUCUCUCUCCCUUUCUGUCUCUCUCUCCCUCUCUGUCUCUCUCUCCCUCUCUGUCUCUCUCUCUCUGUCUCUCUCUCUGUCUCUCUCGCUCUCUCUUUCUGUCUCUCUGUCUUUCUAUCUCUCUCUCCCUCUUUCUCUCUCUCUUUCUCUCUCCCUCUCUGUCUCUCUCGCUCUCUCUUUCUGUCUCUCUGUCUCUCUUUCCCUCUCUGUCUCUCUGUUUCUCUUUCUCUCUCGCUCUUUGUCUCUCUGUCUCUCUCUCUCCCUCUCUGUCUCUCUCGCUCUCUCUUUCUGUCUCUCUGUCUUUCUGUCUCUCCCUCCCUCUCUGUCUCUCUCUUUCUCUCUCCCUCUCUGUCUCUCUCACUAUCUCUCUCUCUCUCUUUCUCUCUCGUCACAGGAAGAGGAGCAACAGCUGCAUGAGACAGUAUAAAGUCAGCAUAAUGUUCACACAGUCUCCCUCGCGCACACACACACACACACACACACACAUACACAUACACAUACACACACACACACACACACACAUACACAUACACAUACACAUACACAUACACAUACACAUACACAUACACAUACACACACAACAACCCACCUGCUGUGUCUGAAGCUCUGCUGCACCUGCCCUUUUGCUUUGCAAAAAUACCUCCUGCUUUCUUCCUCUCCCCAUCAUCCCAUCAGAGUACUGUUAGCUCCUCUUCUCUUCUCCUCCUCUCCUCCUCUCCCAUCCCUCUCUCUCAGAGCAGCCUGCCUUUGACGAGGGCCAGUGGUUGAUGUUGCUGUUGGAUGUACAGUCAUUGACAAGGUGAGACUGGGUCUAGUCCAGUAACAAGCUGAUACAGACUGACCUCACUGUCUGACACCCACAUUGACCUGUUGCGCUGCUGCUCAGACAAUCGGCAAUCUGCAAGGCAAUAAUGACAUGAACAAUGAUUAUGACGAUGGACAAUAGCCAUUGAAAUCACUCCAAGACUGUCUGACUGUCCGUUGGAUUCUGAGUGGUCAGUGACAAGAAUAUGAACACUGAGAAAGAGGUAGUGUGUACAGUUACAACACGCCAAGACUUUGCAUUGGUUUUCUGAUACGUAUUCUAGUGCUGUUUCACUGUUAGCUGAUAGUACACAUCCAGACUUUGUCCUUUUCUGACAUUUCAAAAGAGGAAUUGUGGUGUGUAUUUCUCCCAAGGUUUAGAACUAUGUGGACUGAUCUUAGUGUGCUCUCUACCCAAUCUACGCCAUCUUCUCUCUGUCCUCUUGCGAUGGAGUUUCCUUAUCUGCUCAAUUGCUCAUUCAACAGCCUAACUCUAACUUUAAACCUUCACCUAUGAUAUUGAAUGUAAUCAUUUGCAUAUUAGCAACACCAAGCAAAGGAAGUGGAAUGGAAAACUUGAACUGGAAAUGAAGUGCUAAAUGGACGAAGGACUGUUCAUAUCAGAAGUUACAGCUUGGAUUUCAAGGCAUUGCACUUGAUUUUCGUCAUCUGUAUUGAAGUGCCCCUUUUGUCGUGAUCUAGACUGUUUCAUCCUAAAUAGUGCCCUCUCCCAUAUUGCCCUAGACCUAGAGCGAAUGGAGGAGUUGUUUUGUGAGCUGUUCAAACUGGAACCACGUCAGGGCUUUCUCUCGUGUGCUUUGCUGUUGUGUGUUUAUGUUCAUUUUUAAUAAUCAUGAAUCAUUUAUUUUUUCAUUCAACAGAACCAUUUUACCAUAAUCGGAUUGUUACAGAUUGAGUACUCACUAGUCAAUUACAGCGAUCAAAAUAUACUGCCGAAUGUUAUUGUGCUGAACAGGCGUAGUGUGAAAAUGAGACAAAUCACAGCUUUCAUUUCAUGUUGUUGUUAUUGUCACAUAUAUAGUUAUCUGAAGGCUACAUUGAGUUUCUCUGGUAACAAGCAGUGGCUUGUAGGAAUGGUUGCCAUGGAUUUCCCAUGUACUGAGUCCUGUUUGAGACCCAAGCCUGACUUCAAAGCUAUUGACCUCUAGAUUGGCUCAGCUGCAGUAGAUUGAUUUGAAUACUGUAACCAGUUGGACUAUUCUCUGCGACUAGCAUCAAAGUGAUGAUGGAGAUCUUGUUAUCUGGGCUGGAGAAAUAGCAUGUUAACUCUGAGUGUGACAACAACCACAGACAGGAGAUGAUCCUUGCAUUUCAUUUUCUACAUCUCUCUUUCACCACGAUGUGUGCGCGUGUGUGUGUUUAUGUGUGUGUGUGCAUGGGUGUGUGUUUGUGUAAAGCUCUUAUUCGGUAGCUUAUGUAGAAUUACAGUUAUUGCUGAUGAGUCACUCGCUCCCACUGGCUCAUUCACCUGGGUGGACACUUCUGGGAAAAUUUUAUUUUUUUUAUACCAGAUUUCCAUGUUCACACAUCCUGUAUGGUUAAAGAAAACAUUGUGUACGUGUGAACGGUGGGACUCAGAGGCUAUCACAAAGCAUGAUGUCAUGUCAUCACGUCAGUCAGUGCAGCCGCAUAGC